UAUCACACUGAUGUGAAGUAUAGUUUAUUGUUGGACGUACCAAUAAUUGACUUUACCCUGAAUCUAGGCGCUUUAUGCCUCUCGAAACAGCUGGGAAAAUGUGCUGUGUGAUGCUAAGCUAAAUAAAUGCUAACGUUAGCCUGAAGUGAUUUUUGAGUCACCUGACGGGGUGGAUUCGGCUGCGAUCUCCCUGCAGGCUCACGAUGAACCUGGAAAGACUUCCCAACGAGGAGAAACUCAGCCUUUGUAGAAAAUAUUACUUAGGUGGUUUUGCCUGUCUUCCAUUCCUGUGGCUGGUGAAUGUUGUUUGGUUUUUUAGAGAGGCCUUUUUGAAGCCAGAUUACACUGAACAGACMCAGAUUAAAACAUAUGUAAAGCGAUCAGCACUGGGCCUGUUGUUUUGGGUCACGGUUCUGACGACGUGGAUAACCGUUUAUCAGAACUUCCGAGCGCAGUGGGGGGAGGUGGGCGAUUAUUUGUCUUUUACCAUUCCGCUGGGCAUUCCUUAAGGUGUUCCUCGAAGAUUUUACUCUGAACUAACCGUCUGCAGUCAUGGAAAAAAGACUUUCACUUCAACUUAAGUGGAAAAAAUUGUCAGUCUUUUUGUAAUCACUAAGAGCUUUAAAACUUUGCUGUAUAACUAACAAAUUAUUUAGAUUUUUUUAAAGUAUCUAUGUUCUUUGUUAUUAGAGGAGGCAAAUUAAUUAGUGUAAUAGAAUGUGAUGAUGAUGAUGCUGAUCUUUUCAUUCUGUAAUCUAAAAUUGUUGCUUUUGUGUGUGAUUGUGCUUACCUAAUUCUUUUAACAUGAUAUUGAUAAAUAAAAAAUACUUUCAAGCUA